AUUGUAAAUCCGCGGGGGAAGAAGCUGUCAAAAUUUCUUGUAUUAUUUUCUCCAUUUGUUGUUAAUGUGCUUGUUGUUGUGCAUCCAACCGCGAAAGGAGAGUGUGAGUAAUAUACACAUAUACCCUAAUUUAUACCAAAAAAGCACAAAAACCAUCGAAAAUCCCGAGCAAGAAGUAAAAUUAUCAAUCAAUUAGAAAUUUAGUUAGAAUAUAAUUUUUUGUGUUAAAAAUAGAACAUGUCUCAUCAAACGGGUAUCAAAGCCAAUGAAAAAUUAUUGAAAGUCUUUGGAAAAGCGAAGAAUGGAAAAUUACGUGUCAUAAAAGUAUCUAUAGAAAAUGAGGAAUUGUCAGUCUCCGAUACAGCGGAAGUAAAAAAAGAUUGGGAGAAAGACUAUGAUAAACUUGUUGCUCCACUCAUUGAGGAAAAUGUGCCGUGUUACAUUUUGUAUCGUCUGGAUACGAAAUUGCAAACCGGCUAUGCCUGGCUUUUGAUGAGUUGGGUACCCGACUCGGCCACUAUACGACAAAAAAUGGUUUAUGCUUCCACUAAAGCAACGCUCAAACAGGAAUUUGGUUCUGCUCAUAUCACAGAGGAAAUACAUGCCACCAGCCGCGAUGAAACCUCAUUCGAGGGUUAUCAACGUCACAAAAGAGCAUUUGCUGCCCCGGCACCCUUGACCACACGCGAAGAGGAGUUGGCCGAAUUGCGUAAGACAGAGGUGAAUACGGAAAUUAAUACCGAUACUCGACACCAGACUUUGGGGGGCAUUGCAUGUCCCCUGUCCGAGGCCACCAAACAAGCUAUAAACGAUAUGCUCAGAGGCUCCUAUGAUUAUUUGCAAUUUCGCAUAGACUUGGAAGGCGAACUAAUACAUGUGUCACAUGCCGCCGUGGUGGCCCUUUCUGAUCUUCCAAAACAAGUUCCAGACGAUCAUGCUCGUUAUCAUUUAUAUAUGUUUAAGCACUCGCAUGAGGGUGACUACUUGGAAUCCUAUGUCUUCAUAUACUCUAUGCCGGGUUAUUCAUGCUCCGUAAGGGAACGGAUGAUGUAUUCCAGCUGCAAAGCACCAUUCCUAGAUACUUUGCAGACACUGGGCAUAAGUGUAGCCAAAAAGCUGGAAAUAGAUAGCGGCUCUGAAUUAACCGAAGAAUUUCUACAAGAGGAACUACAUCCCAAGAAAAUGCUCCACCGACCGGCUUUUGCCAAACCCAAAGGACCACCGAAUCGUGGCGCCAGACGUUUAACUAAACCACAAGAAUAAUCCUAAUUUAUAUAUACAAAUUCUACAUACAUACAUAUAUAUACAAACUAUUUUUUGUU